AUGACAAAUGGAGAGAAAUCCAUCUUUUGUGGAGUUUUAAAGACAGCCAAGCUACCUGAUGGUAGUGCCUCCAAUAUAUCUAGGUGUGUGCACUUAGAUAAAAGAAAGGUGUCUAAUUAUAAAACCCAUGAUGCUCAUUUCAUGUUACAUUACUUGCUUCCAAUACCAAUUAAAAGCAUUCUUCCUGAUCAUGUGGCUAUUCCUUUGAUUCGUCUAACUUCCUUCUUCUAUCGUUUGUUUCAAAAUGUAAUCACAUUGAAGGAACUUGAUUGCUUAGAAGUAGAGAUCAUAGAAACAGUAAAUCAGUUGGAGCGAAUUUUUCCUCCUUCAUUUUUUGAUAUCAUGAUUCAUUUGCCUAUUCAUUUGGUGAAAGAAGUGAGAUUAGGCGGCCCAGUGCAAAAUCGAUGGAUGUAUUCCACUGAAAGAGAAAUGGGUACAAUCAAAUCAUACAUUCGCAAUAGGCGUUUUCCAGAAGAUUGCAUAGCAGAGACACGAGUGGGAAUAGAUUGCAUGAAUUUAUUCUCAAAAUAUCUGCAUCGGGGUGUGCAUACCAGAUUAAAUAGGAGAGCACGUAACAAUGAUGAAUGUGACCCAAGUGACGCAGAACCUGUGAGUUUGUUUUCUAACAAAGGAGUUCCUUUAGGAUCAAAGGAAACUGAUCCAAUCAAUUUAGAUGACAAGUCACUAAGUCAGGCACAUGCAUACUUAUUAAGAAAUUGUGACGAUGUUCAAGAAUAUAUUAGAGAGCAUGAGCAAGAGGUUAAUAAUCAGUCACGAAGAUAUAAAUGGAGCAAAGACAAGAAUCAUUGUCAAAACUUCUAUCAAUGGUUUGAAACUCGUGCUUUGCAAGAGGAUGUGCCGGAUUUGAUAAAACAAUUUUCUAGAGGACCAAAUUCUGUUGCAAAAAGAUAUUCUGGGUAUCUCAUAAAUGGAUAUAGAUUCCAUGUUAGGCAGUGUGAUGCAAGGCGUAAAACACAAAAUAGUGGUGUUACACUAAUUGCCUCAACUACAAGCUUUGCAAGCUCAAAGGAUAAAAAUCCGAUUGCUGCAGAUUUGACUUAUUAUGGUAGAAUAGUUGAUAUUGUUGAAUUAAACUAUUACAGUCAUUUUAAGGUUGUUUUAUUUAAGUGUGAUUGGUAUGAGGUUGAAAAAGAUGAUUAUGGCCUUACUUAUGUCUACUUUAACAAGAGAUGCUCUCUGGAAGAGCCUUUUGUGCUUGCAUCUCAAGUACACCAAUGCUUCUAUGUGCAAGAUCCAUAUGAUCAAUAUAAACAUUAUGUUAUGAAGACUGUUCCAAGAGACUUUUUUAACAUGGGUGAUGAAGUUGAAUCUAAUCUCCCACAAAGUUAUGAAAAUGAGACAUCUGAACAUUCGAAGGGUCCAUCUAUACCAAAAGAUAAUGGUGAAGUACUCUUAACAAGGACUGAUUUACCAGAAACAAUCAUUGAUGUGCCUGUGGAGGAAUUUGUCAAUCAACAACUUGAAGUUGAGUAUUAA